AUGUUAGGAUCAAGGCUCAGGCACCGAUAUAGCUGGUUGGCUGCCACUGUGUCCUUGGUCUCUAUCACUUUAUUCUUCUGGAGCAGUCAUUCAAAUUUCUUGGACUUUCGGACCAGGUUAUCGGGCAGCAACAGCGCAUGGAUCGAUAGAGGUCCUGAGGCCGAAGACAAAGCUGUUAUUCUGGCAAAGAUCCAGACAGAAGAUGUCAGCUGGGUGUUGAACGAACUGCCAGAUUGGCAAAAAGCCAUCUACUACAUGGACGAUCCAGCUAACGGAACCCUGCAUCCACCUAAAAACAAAGGUCGCGAGGCUAUGGCGUAUCUCACCUUUCUGAUCGAUCACUAUGACAACCUUCCUUCAUCCAUGGUCUUUGUACAUCCACAUCUCGAGAGUUGGCCUGCAGCCUGGCAUACGGACGCUGAUGGGUACAACAACCUCAAAUCCAUUCAGUCCUUGAGGCUCGAUUAUCUCCAAGAACAGGGAUAUGUGAACAUGCGAUGCCUUCACAAUCCAGGCUGCCCUGAUGAAAUCCAGGUCCUGCGAAACGAGGAAGAUCGCACCGCUGAGCAUGCAAUGCGGGAGGCCUGGCCUUACAUGUUCGGAGGCAACAAGUCAAACAUUCCCGAGACAAUUGCCCAACCAUGUUGCUCACAAUUCGCCGUUUCAAAGACUCAAGUGUUGAAGCGCAACAAAGAAGAGUACAAACGCUAUCGUCAAUGGCUCUUCGACACCAAAUUCGAUGAUGCCACAAGUGGUCGAGUAUUCGAGUAUCUCUGGCAUGUAAUCUUCGGCCGAGAUGCCGUAUACUGUCCCAGCUUGCGAGAAUGCUGGUGUGAGCAGUUUGGACGUUGCUGA